AUGGACCGGAUUGACAAAUACAAAAGGGUGGAGGAGGAUCAACUGCAAGGGAAAGGAAAGGAGAAGGUUAUCCCCCAAGAGAGAAGGGAUUUCGAGUCGAACCGCUACAACAAUAAUCGUCCGAGGAAAGAUUUUGCAGGGCAAUCCGGAUCAGCCAACAUGCAAACUGUUAACGUCGUAUUCAAAGAACCGGUACAUCAGGUUUUAGAGAAAAUAAAGAAUGAGCCAUUGUUCAAGUGGCCGAAUAAGAUGGCUGGAGACUCUAUGAAGCGCAAUCAGAGUCUAUAUUGUCAGUAUCACCAGGACCACGGAUAUACCACAAAAGACUGCAGGAACCUUUGGAACCACCUGGAUCAGCUGGUCCGAGAAGGGAAACUGAGGCACCUUUUGCAUCCCUCCAAUGGUCAUCAAGGCCAAGCAGACCAGGAGCCCCGGAGAGACACUUCCUUGCAACCACCCAUAAGAACGAUCAACGUAAUCUUUGCUGCCCCGGGGAGGACGGGUUCAUGCCCUUCUAGGGUGAUGUCGGUAGCUCGACUACCCACCGAUGACUCUGGCCCAGAGCUGAAAAGACCCAAAUUGUAUCCUCAUCCGGUCUUGGGCUUCUCCGAGGAAGACAAAAUUGGAACCAUCCAACCCCACGACGAUGCGUUGGUAAUCACUCUUCGGAUUGGGGGUUACGACGUAAAAAUGGUAAUGGUAGAUGGUGGUAGUGCAGCCGAGAUCAUGUACCAUGACCUUUAUAAAGGGGCUGAAGUUGGGACCAGAAGAUUUGACGCCCUACAGCUCCCCCUUGAUGAGUUUUGA